AUGGAGUCGUCUGAGAACCUCGUCCGACGGCUGUGCAAGGAGCGCGACCAGCUUGCGGGCGAACUACAGGUGCUGGAUUCGCAGGUGUCGGCUGCUUUCGGUCGGCAGCCCGGGUUCCUCGACAAGCUCAGGAGGAACGUCGCGCUCCACGCCGACACGGACGUCGACGUUGCCACGGCUUCCGAGUCGGAGCUCAAGAAGGCGCAGAAAGGGGCGCGGCUAGGUGCGCAGCCCCGCGCCGCGGGCGGCUUGGACGAGGUGCGGGCGGUUGCGCCCCAUUUCUCACUCCUCUCGGCGUUGGAGAAGUUGGAGGAGAAGCACGAGAAGACGCACGACGGCAUGGACGUGAUGGCGGACUCCCACUGGCUCGCCCCUGGUCUCUGGCAGCAGCGCGUCCCCGAGUUGGAGGCGGUCGCCUUCGGCUGCGGGCUCAAGGCGGGCUGGCGCCUGUCGGAGCUCGGGCGCGAGGAUCCUGUACCAGCUGUGCUUCCUGGAGCUGCCUUUCCUGCGGUGUUGGAGUCUGAGCCCCACGUCGACGUCCUCGUUAGCGCCUUCUCGUUCGACGCUGUGCCUGAUCGCUGUUCGUCCAAGCCGUCCUGCAUCGAGGCGGUCAGCGACGAGUUUCGGGGACGAGCCGUAGAGCAGAUGGUGGCUGUGCCCUGUACUGACACCGACUGCUCGGUGUAG